UGCCAUUCCUUUGAGUUGAAAAGAAUAUAUAUGGAAUGAAUCAUCUGGAUUGAAAGCAAAUCAAAAUGGCUGCUGUCAUCUCAGAUAGUCCUCCGAACCCAAGCUGCAAAAUCAUGACUUUUAGGCCUUCAAUGGAUGAAUUCAGGGAAUUCAACAAAUACUUAGCAUACAUGGAAUCACAGGGUGCUCAUAGGGCUGGAAUUGCAAAGGUUAUCCCACCGAAGGAGUGGAAGCCAAGAAAACAUUAUAAUGAUAUUGAAGAUUUGGUGAUUCCUGCUCCAAUUCAACAGAUAGUCACUGGGCAGUCGGGGCUUUUCACACAGUACAACAUUCAGAAAAAGCCCAUGACAGUGAAGGAGUUCAAGCAGCUGGCCAACAGUAACAAAUACCGCACCCCAAGAUACACAGAUUACGAAGAUUUGGAGCGUAAAUAUUGGAGGAACUUGACUUUUGUGGCACCAAUUUAUGGAGCAGAUAUCAAUGGGAGCAUUUAUGAUGAAGGUGUUAAGGAAUGGAAUAUUGCCCAUCUUAACACAAUAUUGGAUGUUGUAGGAGAAGAGUGUGGAAUUUCUAUCGAGGGUGUAAAUACACCAUAUCUGUAUUUUGGGAUGUGGAAAACGACAUUUGCGUGGCACACUGAAGACAUGGAUCUCUACAGUAUUAAUUAUCUCCAUUUCGGGGAGCCAAAGUCAUGGUAUGCUAUUCCUCCAGAGCAUGGAAAACGGCUUGAAAGACUGGCUCAAGGGUUCUUCCCAAGCAGCUCUCAAGGAUGUGAUGCUUUUCUUCGCCACAAGAUAACUCUGAUUUCUCCAUCAAUAUUGAAAAAUUAUGGAAUUCCUUUUGACAAGAUAACGCAAGAGGCAGGAGAAUUUGUGAUCACUUUCCCAUAUGGAUAUCAUGCGGGAUUUAACCAUGGAUAUAACUGUGCGGAGUCAACAAACUUUGCCACCAUUCGAUGGAUUGAUUAUGGAAAAGCAGCAAAAUUGUGCACUUGUAGGAAAGACAUGGUGUCAAUAUCCAUGGAUAUCUUUGUGAGGAAGUUUCAACCAGACAGGUACCAGCUGUGGAAAAAAGGCAAGGAUAUAUUUACCAUUGAUCAUACAAAACCAACUCCUGGAUCAACACCUGAAAUAAAGGCCUGGCUACAGAGAAGAAAGAAAAUGCAAAACUUUCCCAAGAGCUUCCAGCACCCCAGAUCUCGAUCUAGAAAGCUUAAAACUCCAGAGGACAAGAGAGUAUCUGCUAUGAUGACUACUGGCUUCAAGGUCAGUGAAGAACCUGAAAAAAAAGGGAGAGUAAUAAACAGAGUGCCUUCUGGGGAAGAAGAAAACAGUUGCAGAAUGCAGCUGAAUCAACAUUUGUUGGAUCGUGUUAAGGUUGCAGGAAACCUCACUUCAGACUCAAUCUUGAGCCCUGUUCCUGUAACAAAGAAAACAAAAAUGGACAAUGAGGACAUUCUAUGCCAUAAAGCAGAGGGACAAACUUCUGAAGCAGAAAAUCCGGAUAAAGAGGAAAGUGUCUCGACAGAGGAUGAUAUCAGCAACCUAGAAAGCUGUGGAAGUAGUUUGGAACAUGGAGAAGUGCCCGUUGUAAAAAACGAUGAAGAAGAUGGCAUGGAAACAUCUAGUUCAGAGGAAGCUGCAAGAAAGAAAAUAUCUAAGAGUUGGCGUCAUCCACUAAAUAAACCCCCAGCUAGAUCUCCCAUGACUUUGGUUAAACAGCAAGCAACUAGUGAUGAAGAACUGCCUGAGACUACCUUAACUGAAGAGAAAGUUCUAGAGACAGAGGCAUGGGCCAGGCCUCUGGUGUACCUGUGGCAGACAAGAGUACCCAAUUUCAAUGCUGAAAAAGAAUACAAUGCAGCUUGUGCAAAAAAAGAACCUCAUUGUGCCAUUUGUACUCUUCUCAUGCCGUACUAUAAGCCAGACAAUCAUGAUGAAGAAGGUCCUACUUUCAGGGAAGCAAACUCAGCAGAAACAUUGAAGGCAGAAAAUGAAAAGACUAAACCUCUUAUUCCAGAGAUGUGUUUUAUUUAUAGUGAAGAAAACACUGAAAACUAUCCAUCAAAUGCCUUUAUUGAAGAAGAUGGAACAAGUCUUCUGAUUUCCUGUGUAAAAUGUUGUGUACGGGUUCAUGCAAGUUGCUAUGGUGUUCCUUCUCAAGAAAUUCAUAAUGGAUGGUUGUGUUCUCGAUGCAGAAAAAAAGCCUGGACAGCUGAAUGUUGUCUCUGCAAUUUGAGAGGUGGUGCAUUAAAGCAAACUACUGACAAAAAGUGGGCACAUGUAAUAUGUGCAGUUGCCAUCCCAGAAGUCAGAUUUGGUAAUGUCACAGAGCGUACUCCGAUAGACACUAGCAGAAUACCUUUGCAAAGGUUAAAAUUGAAAUGUAACUUGUGCAGACAGAGAGUUAAGAAAAUCUCUGGUGCCUGCAUUCAGUGUUCAUAUGGACGCUGCCCGGCAUCCUUCCAUGUUACCUGUGCCCAUGCUGCAGGAGUGCUGAUGCGACCCGAUGACUGGCCAUUUGUUGUCUACAUGACGUGUUUCAGGCACAAAAGCAACCGCAACGUGAGAGCUAAAGCAUCUGAGAAGACCAUUACAGUUGGGCAGACAGUCAUCACGAAACAUAGAAAUACCCGAUACUAUAGUUGCAGAGUCAUAGGAGUGACAUCUCAGCUUUUCUAUGAAAUCAUGUUUGAUGAUGGCUCUUUCAGUCUGGAUACUUUUCCUGAAGACAUUGUAAGCAGAGAUUGCCUGAGGCUGGGUCCACCUGCAGAGGGAGAGGUUGUCCAAGUGAAAUGGCCUGAUGGAAAACUGUACAGUGCAAAGUAUCUGGGAACAAACAUAGUUUAUAUGUAUCAGGUUGAGUUUGAAGAUGGUUCUCAAAUAGUAGUGAAGAGAGAAGAAAUAUAUACACUAGAAGAAGAGCUUCCUAAGAGAGUAAAAGCGCGUUUUUCUACAGCCUCUGACAUGAGAUUUGAAGACACAUUUAAUGGAUCAGAUAUUAUCUUGGGAGAGAAGAAGAGGCAGAGAGUAUUGAGUUCUCGCUUUAAGAAUGAAUACGUGGAUGAUCCGGGAUACCGCACAUUCUUGAAAAGCUCAUUCCAGAAGAAAUGCCAGAAGGGGCUAUAAAGGUAGCAGAUGAAGAGAGAGGGAUGUUGAUUAAAAAGCAUGCAGCGUUA